UGCAAUUAGUAUUUGAAUUUUGUAUAUCAAAAGCCAACUUAUUUGGAUCAAUUUUGAAAUAUCGCAUUAAAUUUUUACUCUGAAAAAAAGAGAGAGGAUUGUCAGCUGGAGGAAACUGUUGGACUAAAGUGGGCCAAGUGGAUAAAGAAAUAAAGGCGGGAAAAACGGAAUGUUGAUUCAAGUUCCUCUUGUUACUGCCUCAACAAUGUAAUCCGAAAAAUAGCAACAAAAUUCCGCCGGUAGAAUCAACGAGGAAGAGUCACCGGCCGGCCAGUUGGAGGAGCUCCAUCAACAAACUCUAGCCGCCUCCUUCUGGCUUCCACUGUCUCUCUAAUUGUUAAAGCAAUUGCGUGCAAUGCACAAAAGCUGACCAAUUUCAACAAAAACCUUUUCGUAGAAUCACGCCUGCGAAUCGGAAUCGGGAGACUGGAAAUUCAAUUUGAUUGUGUUGGAAGAAAAAAUGAAGGCGAAUUGGGAGGUGAAGGAUUGUUGUAACCACGACCAAGUCAUCUUCCUUGUGACCAUUGCUGUCUACACCGUCUUCAUUUUUAUCUUAUGGAGAACAUUUAUUAUAACUCCUUUCAAGCUCAUUACUGUGUUUCUUCAUGAAGUAAGCCAUGCAAUUGCUUGUAAGCUCACAUGUGGAGAGGUGGUGGGCAUAAAAGUUCAUGCCAAUGAGGGGGGAGUGACACAAACUCGUGGUGGUCUUUCGUGGGUGAUCUUGCCUGCUGGAUAUCUGGGUUCAUCUUUUUGGGGAAUGGUUCUCAUACUCGCAUCGACAAAUGUUCUCAGUGCAAUGAUAGCAGCUGGUUGUUUUAUUGCCGCUUUGCUUAUCGUGCUCUGCCUUGCAAAAAAUUGGACACUUCGCGGACUUUGCAUUGGAUUCAUCAUUUUCAUUGGUGGAAUUUGGGCUCUGCAAAUACAAACAGAAGUUCGUAUGCUCCGUUAUGUAAUUCUCUUCAUAGGUGUUAUGAACAGCUUGUUUUCUGUAUAUGAUAUCUAUGAUGACUUGAUAUCUCGAAGAGUGAACACAAGUGAUGCUGAGAAAUUUGCUGAACUUUGUCCGUGCUGUUGUGCUGGUCCUUUUUGGGGAGUCCUCUGGGGAAUGAUAUCUUUUGCAUUUCUUUUUGGAGCUAUGUAUCUUGGACUUGCCCUUUUAUCUUGAGGUCUUUUCAGAUGGUUUAACGUCCUUACAAUAUGGCAGAGCAGAGUUCCUAUCCUCUGUUUAGUAUUUCAUCAAACAUAUUAGAUGUUACAUUCAUUUGUCCCGGGAUGCACUCCUGUCCUCAACCCAGUGAGCACAUUCUUUUUAUCCCCUAUUAGAUGGGGUUAGUACAGUUGUGUCUUGUAUUUGUACCAUGGUUUCCUGUUCAGCUGAUUCCUGUGCCAGAACCUUUCCAGACAUUUGUAAGUCGUGGUUCAAUUAGACAACAAGUUAUGCAGAGAUAUCCUCUAUUGCUGAAUAGAUCGCUCACUCUGCAUAGAUUAGGCAUGCAUGCAUUCCAGCCCCUUUUAGUUGAAGUGACGCUCUUUGUUUACAUCCAUUAGUUUGUCAAUUGUUCUAGAUUCAGUAAGUACAGAGGGUUGUUUGAUGCCUCAACAUGAUGUGUUACCCCUUGUAUUUUGUUCAACUAGAGAACUUGAUUGGUUUUCCAACUUCGAAAAGUGUCUGGCUUUUGGAAAACAGGGAGUUAUUGAAA